CGUUUUGGUUAAGAUGCAGAAUUAACAACACACACACGUGGGGGCCAAAUCAGUGAUUGGUCACACAAUACAUGACAUAAACUGAAAUUCUAAGAAUCGAAAAGAUAUUGAGAAAAAUAGCAAACAACACACAAAAGAAGAAGAAUUUUCUUUAUAUGUACUUCUAACUUUUUUUUUUGAAAAAAUGGUUCAGUGUGUUGUAAAAAAUUGUGAAAAUAAAUUAACAAGAAGUAAACAGCGUAAACGAACCGGAAUUACAUAUCAUCGGUUUCCUAAAGAUCCAUUUCUUAGAAAACAAUGGGCGAGAGCUUUACAAUUAGGUAAAGAUGUUAUUCUCAAUAAUCAACGGGUUUGUUCGAAACAUUUUUUAAAACAUGAUAUUGACAAAAGUAUAUCGUCCAGAAUAAGAGUGAAAAAGAAUGCCAUUCCUUUUUUGAGUUCUUUUUACGCAUGUGAAAUAAAGAAGGAAGUCGACAAUGAUUCACAAGUCAGUGAAUCGGAGGAAGAGAAAUUUUCACCGUUUUCACCUAAAAAACUACAUAAUCUCGAUGCGUUUAUAACUUCUGUUGAAUGCGAUGGCACAUUAAAAAGAUCACCAUCAUUAAUUUUCGAUUCACCUUAUAAGAGUUUCUUAGAAAUAUCCGUUGUUCGAAAAGAGGAUGAAGUAACAAAUGAAAAUAAAUUUCGUUUGAGACCAGAGAAGUUUAACGAUCGAGGAACGUCACUAUCACCACAAAAAGAAAUCACAAUUCCAAAGGUAGAAUUAAAUCAAGACAGUUGUGAGGAAAAAAAUAAUUAUCACAAGAAUAAUGUAAUAGCUGAUAAACUAACUGAAAAACUGCGUCUUGCUAGUUUAAAUAUAAUGACAAUGGAAAAGGAUAUAAAUAGUUUGAGACAAGAGAUAAAUAAACUGCAAAAAUCAGUUUCCGAAUACACAAUGACCGUUAAGAUUUAUUAGUUUUAAAAAGAUAAGUUGAAUAUUUGAAUUUAUGUAAUUUUGUUCCAUUAGGGUUUAAAAAUCGUGUUUCAUAUAAUUUUCGUCAAUUUUUUUCCGUUCUCGUUUUUUUUCGAAAAUAACUGCAGAAAAUAUUGUUUAAUUUUUCAACUUUUCUUUGUGUUAUUUAUAUUCAUGACAAAUAUACUAAUCGAACUUCUGCCGAUUAUUAAAGACAUCAGAAAAUAAAAUUGUAAAGUAUUAGUGCAUGUUAUAAAAAAGUAUAUAGUAUUAUUUAUAUAUGUAAAACAUUGAUAGAAUUUAAGAUGUCGAGAGUUACCGCACUGUUAAGUAACAUUAAUUUCUUUUGUACCUGUAAUUUAUAGAUUUUUGUAAAAAAAAUAUACGUAAAAAAUAAUUUUUUCAGAAAA